CUGGAGUGAGAGGUUGCGGGGUCCGCCCUGCACCUCCAAGCAAAUCGCCCCUCCGCCCGCCCCUCCCUCUGCCUCCUCCUUCUCCCCUCUUCGCCCCCUCGCCGCAGCGUCCGCCCCGCGUCACCGCCCGCCCCCUCCCAUCACCAGCGGCCGCAGCUCCUCUUCCCAGCCCCUGCGCUCAGUCGGCUCUGCGAGCUCCGUGGUGUCGGCUGUCCGCGGGGCUCGUGGCAGCAGCGUCCCCGCACCUGGAGCUCCGGGAGCCAGUCGGGCGGUGCCCCGGGAACCACAAGCCUCGCAGGGAAAAAAUCAAAGAACAAAAUGGAAAAUAUGCUCUUUUGGUUGAUAUUUUUCACCCCCGGGUGGACCCUCAUUGCUGGAUCUGCAAUGGAACAGGAUUUUACGUGGCACUUGAGGAAAAUACCGCAGCUUGUCAGGGAAAGGACUUUCCGUCUCAGCAGCCCUGCGUUUGAGGCAGAUGCUAAGAUGAUGGUAAGUGCAGUGUGUGGCAUCGAAUGCCAGAAAGAACUGCCAGCUCCCAGCCUGUCUGAGUUGGAGGAGUCUCUUUCAUAUGAGACCGUGUUUGAGAAUGGCACCCGAACCUUAACCAGGGUGAAAGUCCAAGGUGAGCUUCUGGAACCCACGGGCAAUGUCAGCGCCACAGGAGCUUCAGUGCGGAAGAAGAGACAGGUGUACGGCACAGACAGUAGGUUCAGCAUCUUGGACAAAAGGUUCUUAACCAAUUUCCCCUUCAGCACGGCCGUGAAGCUCUCCACGGGCUGUAGUGGCAUCCUUGUUUCCCCUAAACACGUCCUAACUGCUGCCCACUGCGUCCACGAUGGGAGGGAGUAUAUCAAAGGAAGUAAAAAGUUAAGAGUAGGUUUGCUGAAGAUGAGAAAUAAACGCAGGAACAAGAAACGCAGGGAUUCUAAGAGGAGCCGAAGAGAAGCUAAUGGCGGUGAGCAACGAGAAAGCACCAAAGAGAAUCUGCAGGAGAGAGCCCAGGGAAGCAGGAGAAGGAAGGGAUCUGGCCGGGGUCAGAGAGUGGCUGACGGGCGACCCUCCUUCCAGUGGACCCGUGUCAAGAAUACCCACAUUCCAAAAGGCUGGGCGAGAGGCCAGAGUGGGGACGUGACCCUGGACUUUGACUAUGCUCUUCUGGAGCUGAAGCGGGCUCACAAGAAGAAAUACAUGGAACUAGGAAUCAGUCCAGCCAUCAAGAAGCUGCCUGGGGGAAUGAUCCACUUCUCCGGGUUUGAUAAUGACAGGGCUGAUCAGCUGGUCUACCGGUUCUGCAGCGUGGCUGACGAAUCCAACGAUCUCCUCUAUCAGUACUGCGAUGCUGAGUCAGGCUCCACGGGCUCUGGGGUCUAUCUGCGUCUGAAAGAGCCAGACAAAAAGAAUUGGAAGCGCAAGAUCAUCGCCGUCUAUUCAGGCCACCAGUGGGUGGAUGUUCACGGUGUUCAGAAAGACUACAAUGUCGCUGUACGCAUCACCCCCCUCAAGUAUGCCCAGAUCUGCCUCUGGAUUCAUGGAAAUGAUGCCAACUGUGCUUACGGCUAAGAGACGCCUGUCACAAGGUCGUGUGUCAUCCAAAUUGCAGAGAGAACCAGUUCUUACUUCAUAGGCUAUGCCUGGACUUGAACCCUAUCAAUAGCAUUUCAGCCUUUUUUUUUACACUUGAUCUUAGCCAAAAUGCCGAGAAGCAAUUCAGCAUUUUUUUUUUUACAAAUUUACCAUUUCAAAAUUAGUUUUUCCUGUGUUUUUAAAAAAAUGUUUAGCUACAGACAUUGAAACUAGAUGGGCCCUUCAUUGCCAAGUGUAUACUCUUUCCAUGGUCAUAGCUGUCAUUGGUGGGAAAUCUUUGUUUCUUUAUGCCUUUUAGAAAAUUAGACACUCUUUAAGACUUCAUGCUGAUACUAUAAGUAAUAAGUGAUUUGUCAUUGGACUUAUUCUCAGGGUCCUGCUCUAAGAAGAAUCUAAUAGGAUGUUGGCUGGGUGUUAAAUGUGAAACUGCAACUACACAGGUGGACAGUGGACGCAGGAAGAAUUGGAUGGAGACGAGGAUUUACAACACACUCUGUGCUGUUCUUAGAUGGAGCCAUUCAGCACAGGCCCUCAGUGUUUCUAUUGUAUUUUCUGUUGGGUCUGAGAAAUUCAGCUUUUUUAGGAAUUACAAAUCAAAAGAAACAGUAAACUUUACAAACAAAACGAUCAGCUGUUUUACUGCUUUGAAAAAUAGGAACUGUCGUGUGUAUUUAGAAAUGGGAGAAAUGCUUUGUUCUGUGAAAGUCUAGUUUAGCAGCAGUGAAGCUGAGAUAGUUAAAAUCUCAGGUUUUUUGUUUAAUACUCAAAAUACAGACUUUGCAUAUAUGCAUAGGGAACAUGGUCUACAACUUAUGAAUGGUCACGGAUUAGAGGCCACAUCAUUUGAUGCUAUCCAUUCUAUGCUGUAUGUGGUGCUACAUUUUUAGGAUGAGGAAUUCUGUAAGCCUUUUCAAGAGCGUUUCUCCCCUUACCAGAGUUCAGCAUUCUGUUUUUUUUCUUUUUCUUUUUUGGACAGGCAGAGUUAGACAGUGAGAGAGAGAGAGAGAGAAAGGUCUUCCUUCCGUUGGUUCACCCCCCAAAUGGCCGCUAUGGCUGGUGCACUGCGCUGAUCUGAUGGCAGGAGCCAGGUACUUAUCCUGGUCUCCCAUGCGGGUGCAGGGCCCAAGCACCUGGGCCAUCCCCAACUGCCUUCCCAGGCCACAGCAGAGAGCUGGCCUGGAAGAGGAGCAACCAGGACAGAACCCGGCGCCCCAACCGGGACUAGAACCUGGGGUGCUAGUGCCGCAUGCGGAGGAUUAGCCUAGUGAGCUGUGGUGCCAGCCAGAAUUCAGCAUUCUUAAUAAGACCAUAGCCAGACUAUUUUGGUGACUGAUGGGUAAAUCUUAGAUAUGUCCUUUCCAAAACGUGAAUAUAAUUCAUAAAGGAAGGUGGUGAUUAUUUUCAUUAGGGGUCAAGGCUACACACUCACCAUGGCUGUCACAUGGCCAAAGCAGAGUCCUGAGGCCUCUCUGGGGCAAAACACAAGGCAGGCACCUGAUAUAUAAUUUUUGAAGAAACAGAUAUUUGCUGAGUGGCUGCAUAGAGGGAGUUCGUUCACAGCACUCGUGUGAAGGAUGUUAGUGAUCCAGGGUCAAGUGCAUCCUAAAAUUCAGGCGUGGCAGGCCUGGUUUUUCAUCCGCUCUUCCUUGUAGUUUCUCGGGUUGCAUUCCCUUUUCAUGUCACACUCCUGUAACUGUUUUCACCAGGGUUCAAACUUACUUUCCUUAUCACUUUUUAAUAAUGAGGAGUUACACUCUUGACUGAUAUGCACAUGGAUAUUUGAUUACAUCAUAAGUGGUGCUGUAAAUGGUGUCCUGAAUAGCUGAAAUUUUAUACAAGUGCACACUCUUUUAUAAUGUGAAUCUAUUAAAAAUUGUUCAAUAAAAAAUUUAAAAAUAAGCCAAUCAAAACUCUUACAAUAUCUGUAUAUAUGUUUUGUGUAUAAGGUUUCAGCAAGUAUUAAAUUAAUUGUCCUUUACUUUACAAAAGUAUUUAAUUCUAAGCACAUUUCAAUGAGUAGCAUUUUGUCAUUGUUUCUAGUAGAGGAAGACUACUGACUCACAAGUUUUUUUUUUUUAUAUUUAUUUAUUUGAAAGUCAGUCACAGAGAGCGAGUGAGGUAUCUCCAUCUGCAGGUUCAUUCUCUAGUUGGCCACAAUCGCCAGGGCUGAGCUAGGCCAAAGCCAGGAGCCAGGAACUUCACGCAGGUCUCUCAUAUGGAUAGUAGGAGCCCAAACACUUCCACCAUCCUUCAAUGCCUUUCCCAGGCCAUGAACAGGGAGCUGGAUCAGAAAUGGACCAGCUGGGACGUGAAUCACUGCUCCUAUGGGAUGCCGGUGUUGUAGGCAGUGGCUUUACCAACUAUGCCACAACACCAGCGCCUUGACUCAAAAGUUUUAACCAAAUAUUUUCUGGGGAAACUCUUCUGUGAUCGCAGCAACUAAAAAUGUUUCAAUGUCAAUUUUACGUACUUACACAUAAGUACAAACAUUCUCCACCUGAGAUUCUUUGAACCUGUUACUGGAUUUUAAGAAAGUUCAACAUAACUUGGCAUGCUUAGUAUAGCACUUUUGUGUUUAAGGUUAAACUCUGAAUAUAUAUAAUUAACUUAAAAAUCAUUGUCCAAUACAGUUUUCAAAAAUAUAAAAUUUAGGUAAUUUGAUUUGCAGUUUUAUUUUCUUCUUUAAUUCUUUCAUGCUGUCCUCUUUUCUGAGUAUAUCCUGAAUCUUAUAUGACCUACUUGGGAUCACUAAAGCAUACUAUAUUAACCACAAAGUUUUGUUUCACAUACUUUUUCUAUUAUGCUUAUGAGAUUUGAGAUAUGAAACUUAAAUUCACUUCUCUAAACAAACACCACACUCGUUCAAUAUGAUGUCUACCGUGUGCAAAAGACUACACCAAUUUAUUGCUUUGAAAAUCUCAUCAGUGAUUGAAUUCAAAUAACUUCAUUAAACAACUGAAAUGGAAAACUCAGUUUUUUUCUUUACAUACUCUGUUUAUGUUUUUUAUAUCAAAUGUUAUUUUUUAUAUCAAAUAAGUAUACGUAGGCAGAGCAACUUCACAUUUUUUUCCAUUUUGAUAUGCCUCUUAGUUAAAUCCAAUUUUUAAUUUUGAAAAAGAUUUCAAUGUAUAUAUGACUAUCUUGGUCUGUUUGCACUGCUUUAAAACAUACCUUAAAACAGGAACUCAUAAUAAACAGUAGAAAUCUACUGCUCAUAGUUCUGGAGGCUGGGAAAUCCAGGUUCAGCACACCAGCAAUUUGGGGCCAGGUCUGAACCUACUAAUGGCGCCUUCUUUGUCUUCUUGUGUUGGAAGGGGUGCACAAGCUCCCCCAGCCUCCUUGUAACAAGGCACAGAUCCCACUCAUGACGAUGACGGCCUCAUAACAUACAUACCUGCUAAAGACCCCUUGUGGGGAUGGCAAACAUUCAAAUCAUGGCAAUAACCAACAUCACUGUUAGAGACUCAUUUUACCCUUCUUAUAGUAGAUCAAAGAAUUCUUUGGGAUUCUUAUUUCAUAGAAACAAUCUCAGGAUUACAAGAAACCAUAAAAGAUCAUCUGGUUUAAGUCUGUAUUUUAAGUUUCAAUCUUUGUCCAGUAAUAAGAAAAUGAGUUAUUCACCAUUUACAUAUGUUUAGUUAUUAAAAAUAAUUCAGGAACAUAACAUUGUUUUAGCUUAAAUUAUUCAGUUUGCUACAUACUGUAAACAUGACUCUUUUAUCUUUCAUUUUGAUCCAAUGUUGAGCAUUUAAAUUACUCAUGUCUUUGACCCUAUUCUAAGAAACCAGGUAUUUCAUCAAAAUGAACUGUGAUUACUAAUUAAUACUAUUGGGCUAAGGUAACUGAAUCAAACACCAAACAUUACAAAGAUAUGACCUACAGCAAUAAAUAACCUAAAAUACCAUUAUGAUUCUUUAGUGUGGUUUCAAAUAACAAAUAUAUUUUGUCUACUGAUUUUAAAAAAUACCUGGCAGGCAUAAAAAUACUUUCAUGAAAACAUCUUUCACUGAAAAUGAUUAGAAAAAUAAGCUUCAGCUAUUUAACAGGAGAACAUUCUCAAUAAAUUGAUUUUUCCAGCUGA